AUGGCGUCCGACGCAGUGGAGAGGCAGGCGGUGAAGAGGGAGCUGGAAACAGCGGCGGCGAGGGAUGGCGACCGCAUGGUCAUCACCCCGCUAGGGGCCGGCAGUGAAGUCGGGCGCUCCUGCGUCUAUAUGUCCUAUAAAGGCAAGACCGUCAUGGUAAGGGUUUUGAACCGGAGAAGAGAAGUAGAGCAUGAUUACCUAGAGUAUUGAAUUUUUUCUGCGCAAUGGGUAGUGCCGCUGAUGAUCUAUUUUUUUGGGUUUCUAUUGCGGUCAGUUCGACUGCGGGAUCCAUCCAGCCUACUCGGGAAUGUCGGCAUUGCCCUACUUCGACGACAUCGACCCCUCCACUAUCGACGUCCUCCUGGUCACCCAGUACGCAUAUAAACACCUUAUCUCCACGUUCUCCUCUCGUAACUCUGUGAGGAUGGUUUUUCGUUGCUUUACUCAUGAUCCCCGAAAAUUCAUCGGAAUCUGAAAAAAAUUGGCCUAAUUUAUUGAUUCUGGGUGUUGAAAGCCCAUUGGAAGACGGAGCUUUCACCUUUAAAAAUUAUCCUGGGGAGCUGAAUCUUUGCCAUAGCUGAACUCUUACCGUUUUCAUGGAUCGGACAGAGAGGCUUCUUUGACUUCCCUGAUUCCUCUAAGAUGAGGAUUUGAAAUUCUUGUAGCCUGAGUGGAUAGGGAUGAUGUCAUAUGAAAUCCAAUUGUCAAUCCAGGUCACCACCCCCCACUCAGGAGGGUGGUGGGCUUCACGCUUUAGGACAAGGAACAGAAGCUGAGGGUUCGAAUGAGAGUUUCGUCUAAGUCAGAUUUUAGGCAAGUGACAUCCUAUGGAACUGGUCCUUUUUGUUUUCUUACACACCCUUUUGAUUCCUGAUUAAACUGCUCUUGGACGGAUGGCUCUUCAGACGGUGAGAACCUGAGGGAUCGAUCCGAUGUAGACAUGGGUAGGAGAAGUCAAAUCUCUCAAAGAAUGGCCAGCUUCUAGCCGGUAUAUUAAGUGACCCCAUCCUCUACAGCAUUCAGAGGUGUUGACAUGAGGACUUUGCUGGAAGAUAUGGCUGUGUCCUCACCGAACACUCAUUUGAUAAAUUUAUGCUGUCAUCUUGGGAUGGAUAUUUGGCGUACAGCACAUGCCAACUAUGCUCAUGCUUGGCUCUUGGGAUUUGAUGCAGUGUCUACACGUCAUGUGGUGACUAGGUGGAGGAAAGCUAGCCAACGUGUUGAGGAUUUUUUGAGAUUGCGGUGCUGCUAUUUUCUCCAUAAAUCAUGUGUGGCUUAAGUUGAUCCGAGUCUGGCAUGCAUUCUUAAAUGUGUCUAUAGAUAUCUUUGUUCCUCAUCUGCUCCUGCCUCUGAAAGAUGACCCCCUGGAGAGUCUACCUCCAUUUAAGCUAAGGAGAUUCUGUCAUGACUAGCUUCCAUCCACCAUGUGGCCGGGUUAACUGCCGGUGGGUCAAAUCCAGGAGACAAGUUCUUACAAAGGUGUAUGAAAUUCUUUAGAAAAUAACUAUCUGAGUUUUUGCUCGCUGAUUGGUUGCUCCCUCAACCGGACCGGAAGCUUCUCAAGCUCAAGCUUUUAUUUUUCUAGUUAGAGACCAACGCCUUGGGGCUAUGUGGGCUCCGCUCAAAGAACUACUGGUUUAGGUAAAUAUCUAAUGCGUUCCCCAACUGGAGAGAUCAUUUUUGGAGGGGAAACCAUGCGUUUUUGGGAUCUCCUUACUCCUCUUGGCGUGAAAAUUUUCUUCUAAUCUGAAGUGGUUGGAAAGGAUUCGUUUCACUGUUGACCGACGUGUUUAAGCAGGCAGAGUGUUUUUUCAACAGAAGUUAGGGAACUCAUAUCAAGAAGAUCGCAUGUUUCAUUCAUGCCUUCAGCCUUACUCCAUCUUCAUCUUCAUCCAUGGAGUGGCUAGAAUUUCCUGCUUCAUUUCGGUAGAUCCUACAGGAAUUGUUCCCUCAUUUUCCUCCCUCGUGCUUGCACGAUUCGUAUGUGGCGUCACUUUUUUUCUGAUCGUAUAUAAAUAAAUAAACAAAUAAAUAUUUAUUUAAUUAAUUAGUUAAUUAAUGGCGUUCUUCGUCCUGUGGUUGGUCUCCAGUUUCCACCUGGAUCAUGCUGCGUCUCUUCCCUACUUCCUGGAGAAGGUAGGUGUUUAUUUCCGUCUGUUCUUCCCUAUUUCUGCCCACCCCGGAUGAUUGGCGGCCGUUGAUUUUCUUUGGUGUGUUGCUCGCAGACGACCUUCCGGGGGCGGGUUUUCAUGACCCACGCGACCAAGGCCAUCUACCGGCUCCUGCUGUCGGACUACGUCAAGGUGAGCAAGGUCUCCGUCGAGGACAUGCUCUACGACGAGCAGGACAUCAUGCGCUCCAUGGACAAGAUCGAGGUACCCUCUCCUCCCUCUCCAGCUCUCAGAGAGGCCCUUCCUAUAUAGAUAGAUAUAUAGAUAGAUAGAUAGAUUUUUAAAGAAUUCAUACGAUAAAUAUGGUGGGGGCGCAGGUGAUCGACUUCCACCAGACGCUGGAGGUGAACGGGAUCCGGUUCUGGUGCUACACAGCAGGGCACGUCCUGGGGGCGGCGAUGUUCAUGGUGGACGUGGCGGGGGUGCGGGUGCUGUACACGGGGGACUACUCGUGCGAGGAGGACCGGCACCUGCGGGCGGCGGAGACGCCGGAGUUCUCGCCGGACGUGUGCAUCAUCGAGUCCACGUACGGGGUGCAGCUGCACCAGCCGCGGCUGGUGCGGGAGAAGCGCUUCACGGACGUGGUGCACGGGACGGUGGCGCAGGGGGGGCGGGUGCUGAUCCCGGCCUUUUCGCUGGGGCGUGCCCAGGAGCUACUGCUGAUCCUGGACGAGUACUGGGCGGCGCACCCGGAGCUGCACAACAUCCCCAUCUAUUACGCCUCCCCGCUGGCGAAGCGGUGCAUGGCUGUGUACCAGACGUACAUCAACGCCAUGAACGAGCGCAUCCGCAGCCAGUUCUCGAGCUCCAACCCCUUUGACUUCAAGCACAUCUCCCCCCUGAAGAGCAUCGACAACUUCGACGACGUGGGCCCGGCGGUGGUGAUGGCGAGCCCCAGCGGGCUGCAGAGCGGGCUCUCCCGCCAGCUGUUCGACCGCUGGUGCGCCGACCGCCGCAACGCCUGCGUCAUCCCGGGGUACGUCGUGGAGGGCACGCUGGCCAAGGCUAUCAUCAACGAGCCCAAAGAGGUCACCCUCAUGAACGGCCUCGUCGCCCCUCUCCACAUGCAGGUGCACUACAUCUCCUUCUCGGCGCACGCCGACUUCGCGCAGACCAGCGCAUUCCUCAAGGAGCUCAUGCCCCCCACCAUCAUCCUCGUCCACGGGGAGGCCAACGAGAUGGAGCGCCUCCGGGCCAAGCUCGCCGGUGGUCAGUUCGCCGGCGGGAGCACCAAGAUCUUCACUCCCAAGAACUGCCAGUCCGUCGAGAUGCAGUUCAGCUCGCAGAAGAUGGCCAAGGCUAUCGGCAGGCUCGCCGCGCGGACCCCGGAGCCCGAGGACCCCGUCAGUGGCCUCCUCGUCAAGAAGGGCUUCACCUACCAGAUCAUGGCCCCGGACGACCUCCACGUCUUCUCUCAGCUGUCCACCGCCAGCGUCGUCCAGAGGAUUACCGUCCCCUACUCCGGUGCCUUCGGAGUCAUAAAGCACCGCCUGCUGCAGAUCUACCAGAGCGUGGUGGACGUUGUCGAGCCCUCCUCUGCCCCUGCCAUCGUCGUCCACGGGCGAGUGACGGUGACGUGGGAGUCGGAGGCGCACGUCUCCAUGCAGUGGGCCUCGGACCCCAUCAGCGACAUGGUCUCCGACUCCGUGGUGGCCGUGAUCCUGAACAUCAGCCGCGAGGUUCCCAAGGUGACAGCGGUGGCGGAGACGGCGGCGGAGACCGAGGAACAGACGGAGAGGAUGGCGCAGAAGGUCGUCUACGCCCUCCUCGUCUCCCUCUUCGGGGACGUCAAGGUCGGAGACGCCGGGAAGCUCCUCGUCACCGUCGACGGCAGCGUGGCCCGCGUGGACCGGAGCAGCGGCGACGUCGAGUGUGACAACGAGGGCUUAAAGGAGAGGGUCAAGACUGUCUUUCGGCGGAUCCAGAGCGCCGUCCGCCCCAUACCCCUCUCCGCCGCCUGA